AUGCGACCAAAUAAAGACGGCACUGGCCCUGCGGGGGUUGCGGCAAACGGGCUGGCCCUGAGGGUGGUUAUCAUGCGGGCAAGGAAUCUGGCGGCCAAAGAUCGUAGUGGAACUUCGGAUCCGUAUCUCGUUGUCACCCUUGGCGACGCCCGAGUCGUCACCCACUCCGUCCCCAAAACCCUCAACCCCGAAUGGAACGUCAUCGAAGAGCUACCCAUAAGCUCUGUACAAAGCCUAGUGGUGGGCGUCAUAUGCUGGGACAAGGAUCGCUUUGGCAAGGAUUAUCUCGGAGAGUUCGAUCUAGCGCUCGAAGAGAUCUUCCAGAACGAAGUCGCCGAACAAGAGCCACGGUGGUAUCCUCUCAAGAGUAAACGCCCAGGCAAGAAAACCAGCAUCGUCUCCGGCGAAGUGCAGCUUCAAUUUACCCUACUCGACACUACAGCCCCGUUUCUCCCCCAGCAACAACUCUUUGAAAAGUUCUACGCCCUUGUUGGCACAGUUCCCGUCGGCUCGUCCCGAAAUGUUACACCUACCGAAACUCCCCUGCUCACCCCAAGUGCCGCGGCGCAUUUGGGUGGCUCAUCGUCGGCAGACGGGCUUGGUGAUGAAGACGAUGAGGAUGACCUUACGGAGCUCGAGGAAGAUAUUGCCGACGACGCCGAGGAUCCCUCAAAACCAGAGACUGCUGAGAAGCGUCGGCGGCGACUUCGCAUCAAGGGCCUCAAGAAGAAGAGGCGGCAAGACCCCUACGCUUUUACCAAUGGCGACUCCGACGUUGUUGGCAUCAUCUACUUGGAGAUUUCCAAGAUCACUGACCUUCCGCCUGAGUCGAACCUGACGCGGACUGGCUUCGAUAUGGACCCAUUUGUUGUGGCAUCCCUAGGCAAGAAGACUUACCGCACCAAGCGAGUCCGACACAACCUCAACCCGGUCUUCAAUGAGAAGAUGAUCUUCCCAGUACAGAAUCACGAGAAGCAAUACUCAUUUGCUUUUACCGUCAUUGACCACGACAAAUAUUCCGGCAAUGACUUCAUCGCUUCGUGUAACCUGCCUAUUCAGACGCUCAUAGAAAAGGCGCCCCAGGCAAACCCAGAGACGGGGUUGUAUGAAGUUCGCUCUCCCGAGCCGGAACCAUUGCCGGCACCGGUUCCCACAAAAUCUCGUCUCCAGAAGCUCGGGGUUUCCCGGUCCUCGUCGACGCAGAGUCUAAGCAAGAUGAUGAAGGCGCAGGCCCCUAGGUCUACCCCUUCAAACGGCUCUUCUUCACUUACAGCGCUUGGCGAUGGAAGCGGCCCUCAGUCCAGCAGCACGUCCCUGGCACCUGCAGAUGCUCUUUCCAACACACCAGUCGAAGCUUCAGAGCAGGCUAUGGAGGCAGACGACCCCGAUCUCGCUGAGUACGCUCUUCCGUUGAAGAUGAAGAACCUAGACAAGUGGGAAAGCAAGCACAAUCCCGUCAUCUACAUGAGAGCCAAGUAUGUACCGUACCCAGCCCUCCGCCAGCAGUUUUGGCGGGCGCUGUUGAAGCAGUAUGAUACAGACGAAAGUGGUCUGAUUAGCAGGAUUGAGCUGAGCACAAUGCUGGAUACUCUUGGCUCGACAUUGAAGGACUCUACCAUUGACAGCUUCUUCCAGCGCUUCCCUCACAAGGCUGCCGAUAACGAGGACUCGUGGGAGCUGACCUUUGACGAAGCCGUGUUGUGCCUAGAAGAUCAGCUACAGGCCAAGAGCCGAUCUGGAAGCAAGACUCCUAUUCUGGAUCCAGGCUCCGAUGGCUCAGGGAACUCGACGCCCCAGAUUAUGGUCGAACCGCCAGCGGAGGCGACCACCCCUAUUCCCGAGAUUAGCACACCAAACGAAGAGGGAGAGGAGGGGUAUUUUGAUCAAGAUUCCAAGGAAGAACACGUGGUGGAAAUUCGGGAGUGCCCCAUCUGCCAUCAGCCACGCCUGAACAAGCGCAGCGACGGCGAUAUCGUUACGCACAUUGCGACGUGUGCGAGCCAGGACUGGCGCCAGGUCAACACAGUCCUCGUGAGCGGAUUUGUGACGGCCAGCCAAGCGCAAAGGAAAUGGUACUCCAAGGUCAUCACCAAAAUCUCGUAUGGUGGAUACAAGCUCGGCGCCAACUCGGCAAACAUUCUCGUUCAGGAUCGUCUCACGGGACAGAUUAACGAGGAGAAGAUGAGCGUCUAUGUGCGCUUGGGUAUUCGACUCCUCUACAAGGGGCUGAAGUCGAAGGACAUGGAGAAUAAGCGAAUCCGGAGAAUGUUGAAGAAUUUGAGCAUCAAGCAAGGCAAGAAAUUUGACGACCCUGCUUCACGGGACGAAAUCGAAAAGUUCAUCGACUUUCAUCGCCUGGACAUGUCAGAAGUCUUGCUGCCGAUUGAAGAGUUCAAAAACUUUAACGAAUUCUUCUAUCGUGCGCUCAAGCCGGGUGCCAGGCCGUGCUCAGCGCCAGACAACCCUCGCAUCAUCGUUUCGCCAGCGGAUUGCCGAAGUGUUGUCUUUAAUUCAAUCUCGCAGGCGACCAAGAUCUGGGUCAAGGGUCGCGAAUUCAACAUGAAGAGGCUCCUCGGAGAUGCCUAUCCAGACGACGUCUCGCGGUACGAGGGCGGCGCUCUGGGCAUCUUCCGACUGGCCCCUCAGGACUAUCACAGAUUCCACAUUCCCGUUGAUGGCGUCAUGGGCAAGCCCAUUACCAUUGCUGGCGAGUAUUACACAGUCAACCCGAUGGCGAUUCGCUCGGCAUUGGAUGUGUACGGCGAGAAUGUGAGAGUGCUGGUGCCCAUCGACAGCGAGGUCCACGGACGGGUCAUGGUCAUCUGUGUCGGAGCCAUGAUGGUGGGUAGCACCAUCAUUACACGCAAGGAAGGCGAGCACGUGCGUCGUGCCGAAGAACUUGGCUACUUUGCGUUUGGUGGCAGCACGGUUCUGUUGCUGUUUGAGCCUGGCAAGAUGCGAUUUGACGACGAUCUCGUGGAUAACUCUAACGGAGCCCUCGAGACCUUGAUUCGCGUCGGCAUGUCGAUUGGACAUUCGCCCACUCAAUCACAGUGGACUCCAGACAUGCGUAAGAACGAGCAGGACAUCACGGAAGCUGAUAAACAGGAGGCGAAGAGACGAAUUCAAGGCAGCGCGGCGCUAGAGGAGGAGUCGCCUGGUGGCAGCGGUGAUGAGAACCGGGGAACUAAGAGGACAUCGCUUCCCCCGACUGUCAACACAAUGGCAGCAUCAGCACUGUAG